UGCAGCGCUGGCUACGCGCUCCAGGGCUCCCGCAGCAUCCAGUGCCUCACCAUGCCCGGCGCGCUGGCGCAGUGGAACGUUUCCGUACCCACCUGUGUGGUGCCAUGUGGUGGGAAUUUGACUGAGCGCAAAGGAACCAUUCUGUCCCCUGGCUUCCCGGAGCCGUACCUGAACAGCCUCAACUGCGUGUGGAAGAUAACAGUCCCCGAAGGAGCAGGGAUACAGAUCCAGGUGAUCAGUUUUGUUACUGAGCAGAACUGGGAUUCCCUGGAAGUGUUUGAUGGAGGAGAUAACACAGCCACCAUGCUGGGAAGUUUCUCUGGAACUACAGUGCCUGCGCUGCUCAACAGCACUUCAAACCAGCUCUAUCUGCAUUUCUAUUCGGAUAUCAGUGUCUCUGCUGCUGGCUUUCACCUGGAAUACAAAACCGUUGGUCUGUCCAGCUGCCCGGAGCCCCCUGUCCCUGGGAAUGGGCUGAAGAUUGGGGAGCGCUAUUUAGUGAACGACGUCGUCUCUUUCCAGUGUGAACCAGGCUACGCGCUGCAGGGCCACUCUCACAUCUCCUGCAUGCCAGGCACUGUCCGCCGCUGGAAUUACCCACCACCGCUUUGCAUCGCCCAGUGUGGAGGAACGGCGGAAGAGAUGGAAGGAGUGCUCCUGAGCCCCGGGUUCCCAGGAAAUUAUCCAAGCAACCUGGACUGCACAUGGAGGAUAUUGCUGCCUGUGGGGUUUGGUGCUCACGUCCAGUUCCUGAACUUCUCCACGGAGCCGAACCACGACUUUGUUGAAAUCCGCAACGGGCCGUACGACACCAGCAACGUCAUCGGGCGCUUCAGCGGCACCGAGAUCCCCGGCUCCCUCCUGUCCACGUCCCACGAGACCGCUGUCUACUUCCACAGCGACCACUCGCAGAACAAGCCGGGCUUCAAGCUGGAAUACCAAGCCUACGAGCUGCAGGAGUGCCCUGACCCUGAACCUUUUGCUAAUGGUGUUGUAAGAGGAGCCGGUUACAACGUUGGCCAGUCCAUCUCUUUCGAGUGUCUGCCUGGCUACCAGCUGAUCGGCCACCCGGUCCUGACCUGUCAGCACGGCACCAACAGGAACUGGGACCACCCGUUGCCCAGGUGUGAAGUGCCUUGUGGGGGGAACGUCACCACCCAGAAUGGUACCGUUUACUCUCCUGGCUUCCCCAACCAGUACCCCAAUUCCCAGGACUGCACUUGGCUUCUCACAGUGCCAGUGGGAUAUGGAAUCCACCUCAACUUCACUCUGCUGCAGACAGAGCCCUACAACGAUUUCAUCACAGUUUGGGAUGGUCCACAGCAAACAGCCCCACAGCUUGGUGUGUUCACUGGCAACUCUGCUAAGAAAUCAGCCCAAAGCUCUUCCAAUCAGGUCCUGAUGAAAUUCCACAGUGAUGCAGCCAAUGGAGGGAUCUUUGCCAUUUAUUUCUAUGCCUACCAGCUCUUCAGAUGCCAGCCUCCCACCAUCGUUCCCAAUGCAGAAAUCAUCACUGAGAAUGAAGAAUUUAACAUAGGUGAUGUGGUGAGGUACAGAUGCCUUCCUGGCUUUACCUUGAUUGGAAAUGAAAUCCUGACCUGCAGACUGGGCACCCAUCUCCAGUUUGAAGGACCUCCACCUACGUGUGAAGUGCAGUGCCCAAUGAACGAGGUUCUGACAGACUCCACCGGCGUGAUCCUCAGCCAGAGCUUCCUGGGGAGUUACCCUCACUUUCAGACCUGCUCUUGGGUGGUGAAGGUAGAGCCUGGGUAUAACAUCUCCCUCACCAUAGAGUACUUCCUGAGCGAGAAGCAGUACGAUGAGUUUGAAAUCUUUGAUGGUCCCUCUGGCCAGAGCCCGCUGCUCCUGUCACUGAGUGGGAACUACUCAGCCCCUCUGACCGUCACCAGCAGCGGGAACAGAGUCUAUCUCCGCUGGUCCUCUGAUCAUGCCUACAACAGAAAAGGCUUCAAAAUCCGCUACUCUGCCCCCUACUGCAGCCUCCCGCGGGCACCGGCGCACGGGCUGCUUCUCAGCCAGACGGGGCUGCAGCCCGGCAGCACGCUCCGCUUCGGCUGCGACGCAGGCUACCGGCUUGUUGGCCACAGCACCACCACCUGCUCCCAGCACCCUCAGGGCUACUUCCACUGGAACAAAGCGAUCCCCCUGUGCCAAGCUCUCUCCUGUGGAGUUCCCAGAGCCCCGAUGAAUGGCGUUGUUUUUGGCAAGGAGUACACCGUGGGUACCAAGGCUGUGUACCAGUGCAACCAGGGCUUCCAGCUGCAGCCCGGGCAGGAGUCCAGCGCCGAGUGCCUGCAGGAGGGGCAGUGGAGUAACAGCAACCAGCCCCCUCAGUGUGUAGCUGUCACCUGUCCCGAUAUCAACAGCAUUGCAGUUGAGCACGGUCGGUGGCGGCUCACCUACGAGAUCCAGUACCACUACAACGCCCAGCUAAUGCUCAUCUGUGACCCUGGGUACUACUACACGGGCCAGCGGGUCAUCAGGUGCCAAGCCAACGGCAAGUGGAGCAUAGGAGAACCGAUGCCAACCUGCAAAAUUAUCUCCUGUGGAGACCUGCCCACCCCACCGAACGGGAACAAGAUUGGCACACUGACCAGCUACGGGGCCACAGCCAUCUUCUCCUGCAACACUGGCUACACCCUGGUGGGCUCCCGUGUGCGGGAGUGCAUGGCCAACGGGCUCUGGAGUGGAGCAGAAGUGAGAUGUCUGGCGGGGCACUGUGGUGUCCCCAGUCCCAUUGUCAACGGGCAGAUCAAUGGGGAGAACUACAACUACCGCGGCAGCGUGGUCUAUCAGUGCAGCCCCGGCUUCCGCCUCAUCGGCAUGUCGGUGCGGAUCUGCCAGCAGGACCACCGCUGGUCCGGGAAGACGCCUGUCUGUGUGCCCAUCACUUGUGGCCACCCUGGCAACCCUGCCAAUGGCUUGACCCAAGGGAACCAGUUCAACCUGAAUGAUGUGGCCAAAUUUGUUUGCAACAUUGGGUACCGCCUGGAAGGAGCAUCUCAGUCCCAGUGCUUGGCCAAUGGACAGUGGAGCAGCAGCCUGCCUGCCUGUCGUGUCAUAAACUGUACUGACCCCGGGCACCUGGAAAACAGCAUCCGGCAAGUGCAGCCGAGUGGUCCUCACAGAUUCAGCUUUGGAACAACUGUCUCAUAUCAGUGCAGCCAUGGAUAUUACUUAUUGGGUACACAUGUCCUUACCUGUCAGGGGGAUGGCACUUGGGACCGUGCCCUCCCACAGUGUCUUUUGGUGUCCUGUGGCCACCCGGGCUCCCCACCGCACGCUCAACUCUCCGGUGACAAGCACACGGUGGGCUCGGUGGUGCGGUACAGCUGCCUCGGGAAGCGGACCCUGGUCGGCAACUCCACUCGCAUGUGCCAGCUGGACGGGCGCUGGAGCGGGUCCCUGCCGCACUGCUCAGGAGGCAGCCAGGGCUUGUGUGGUGACCCGGGGAUCCCCUCUCAUGGCAUUGGGCUGGGAGAUUACUUUGAUGUGGGCAGCAUGGUCCGGUUCAGCUGUGAGCCCGGCUACAUGCUCCGGGGUUCCUCCGAGAGGACGUGCCAAGCCAACGGCUCCUGGAGCGGCACGCAGCCGGAAUGUGAAGUGAUAUCCUGCGGGAACCCGGGAACCCCUAGCAACGCCAGGGUUAUAUUUAAUGAUGGCCUAAUCUUCUCCAGUUCCAUUAUCUAUCAGUGCCGGGAAGGCUACUACUCCACAGGAGUGCUGAGCAGGCACUGCACGGUGAACGGGACAUGGACUGGGACCAGCCCGGAGUGUACAGUGAUCAACUGUGGUGACCCUGGUGUGCCAGCCAACGGCAUUAGGCUGGGCAGUGAUUUCACCUACAAUAAAACUGUGGUGUUCCAAUGCACGCCUGGGCAUAUGAUGGAGUCAGACAGGGCAUCCUCUCUAACCUGCACGAAAGACCGAACCUGGAACGGCACCAAACCUGCCUGCAAGGCUAUCACCUGCAAAUCCCCACAAGCCAUUCCCAACGGGAAAGUGGUGGGCUCGGACUUCAGCUGGGGCUCCAGCGUGAGCUAUGCCUGCCUGGAGGGGUAUCAGCUCUCCCUGCCCGCCGUGCUGACCUGCGAGGGGAACGGGACGUGGAGCGGGGAGAUCCCUCAGUGCUUCCCUGUGUUCUGCGGUGAUCCGGGGAUACCUGCGCAGGGCAGGAGGGAGGACAGAGGCUUCACGUAUCGCUCUUCUGUGUCCUUCUCCUGCAUUGCCCCGCUCGUGCUGGUGGGAUCAGCCCGGAGGUUCUGCCAGUCCGAUGGGACGUGGAGCGGGACCCAGCCCAGCUGCAUAGACCCCAGCCUCACAACGUGUGCAGACCCCGGCGUGCCUCUCUUUGGGAUGCAGAACAAUUCCCAGGGUUACCAGGUGGGAAGCAUCAUCUUUUUCAAGUGCCAGAAGGGUUACCUGCUGCAGGGCUCCACCACCAGGACCUGCCUCCCCAACCUGACGUGGAGCGGCGUGCAGCCCGACUGCGUCCCUCACCACUGCAAGCAGCCAGAGACCCCCUCCCAUGCCAACGUCGGUGCUCUGGAUUUGCCAUCUCUGGGCUACACCUUGAUCUAUUCCUGUCAGAGCGGGUUCUACCUCACUGGAGGAUCCGAGCAUCGAACUUGCAAAGCAGACGGCAGCUGGACAGGAAAACCUCCCAUCUGCCUCGCCGAUGUCCGCCCCAGUGGAAGGCCGGUUGGCACCGCGCGGGACCCGCCGCUCACCAAGGUGUCAGUGCCUGCUGAUGUGUUUGCAAGGAAUUCCCUUUGGAAAGGCUCCUAUGAAUACCUGGGGAAGAAGCAACCUGCGAUGCUGUCUGUUACUAGCUUCGACCCUGCCACCAGUAAAGUCAAUGCCACUUUGAUAGACCACAGCGGUGUGGAGCUCCUGGUGUCUGGCAUUUACAAGAAAGAAGAUGUGCACCUGCUUCUGCAGGUUUACCAGAUAACGGGGCCAGUGGAGAUCUUUGUCAACAAGUUCAGAAACGAUAAAUGGGCUCUAGAUGGACAUGUCUCAUCAGAGUCUUCAAGUGGCACGUUUGUGUACCAGGGCUUUGUGCGUGGCAAAGGCUUUGGGCAGUUUGGCCUUCAGAGACUUGACAUCAGCAUGAUGGAAAAUGAUCCAGAAUCAAUAGGACACCAUUUUGCAUCAAACAGCAGUUCUGUGGCAGCUGCCAUUCUUGUGCCUUUCAUAGCCCUGAUUAUUGCAGGGUUUGUGCUUUAUCUCUACAAACACAGGAGAAGACCAAAAGUCCCGUUCAAUGGCUACGCUGGCCAUGAAAACACCAACGUCCGAGCGACGUUUGAGAACCCGAUGUACGACCGGAACCUGCAGCCCACAGACAUCAUGGCCAACGAGACGGAGUUCACAGUCAGCACCGUGUGCACCGCUGUAUAG